ACAUUAGGUUAUUUCAAUAAUAAAUCAUUUUCCUCGUUGAUAACAAUGAAAAUACUUAACAAACGUCCACAAAAGAUCAAUGAAACAUGUCAAAGUUUAUAAUAAGUUAACACCUACGCGACACAGAUAAUAUACGUAGGUACCUCUCGUGCGUAUUCAGAUCCCGUGAGGACGAGUUCCUCAGUUCAGUGCGCGUUCCGAGGCGGCAUGUUGUGGCCAGUGUUCAUGGUGUGGUGCACGGCAUUCAGCCAGCGGGCAGUACACGCCGUGCGGCCUAAUAUCAUUUUGUUUUUAGCAGACGAUCUGGGGUGGAAUGAUGUGGGCUUCCACGGCAGUAACGAUGUCUCGACCCCGAACAUCGAUGCUCUGGCGUACUCCGGGCUCGUGCUGCAGAACUACUACGUCACCCCCAUAUGUACUCCCUCCAGAGCCGCCUUGAUGACUGGGAAAUACCCCAUACAUACUGGUAUGCAACAUGGAGUUAUAUACGGUGCUGAACCUCGAGGUCUACCGCUCACCGAGAAAAUAUUACCUCAAUACCUCAAAGACCUGGGCUACAAAACCCACUUGAUCGGCAAAUGGCAUCUCGGCAGCUAUAAAAGGGAAUAUUUGCCGUUAAAUCGUGGGUUUGACAGUCAUGUUGGAUUUUGGACGGGCAGAAUAGACAUGUACGACCACACCUCUAUGGAGCAUGGUUCGUGGGGAUUCGAUUUUAGGAGAGGUUUCAAAGUGGCUCACGAUUCCUUCGGCCGCUACGCCACUGAUGUGUAUACCAACGAAGCAAUUAAAGUAAUCAAAGGCCACAACGCCAGCGAGCCGCUGUUCCUGAUGGUGUCGCACUCGGCGGUGCACAGCGGGAACCCGUACGAGCCGCUCCGAGCUCCAGAAUCAGAAGUGGAGAAGUUCAAACACAUCUCCGAUCCGAAGAGGCAGAAGUUUGCGGCUGUCCUAUCGAAAAUGGACGAGUCCAUAGGCAAAGUUGUAGACUCAUUGCACACGCAAGCAAUGUUAGAAAACUCUAUCGUGAUAUUCAGCACUGAUAACGGCGGUCCAGCGGCGGGAUUCAACGAUAACGCUGCUUCAAACUAUCCUCUUAAGGGGGUAAAGAACACGCUGUGGGAAGGCGGCGUGAGAGGCGCGGGAGUACUGUGGAGCCCUCUGCUUGAGAAGAAGUCCCGUGUGGCGGCACAGAGGAUGCACAUUGUCGACUGGCUGCCCACAGUGUACAGCGCCGCGGGGGGAGAUAUCAGUGCAUUCCAGAACAUAGACGGGAUAGACCAAUGGCACUCGUUGUCGAAGGAUGAGAAGUCAUCGCGUACGAGUUUGCUUCACAAUAUCGAUGAUGUUUGGGCCUCCGCUGCUCUCACAGUCGAUCAGUGGAAGAUACAUAAAGGUACAAAUUACAAUGGGGCGUGGGAUUUUUGGUAUGGGCCGGAUGAGCGCAGUGGCGUCUACAACGUUAGUAGAGUUUGCGACGGAUACGCGGGCAAGGUGGUGCAGAAACUUGGCUUCAUGCCUGACGGAGACAAGAUCUUUGAACUUAGGAACACAGCCACAUUGAAAUGCAACAGCAGCAUAGAAGCAAUACCGUGCCAGCCGCUACAGGCGCCAUGCUUGUUCAACAUCGAGGAAGAUCCGUGUGAGAAGAGGAACUUAGCGGAACAGGAACCAGAAAUACUUCAGAAGCUUCUAGAAGAGUUAAACAAAGUAAACAAAACAGCCAUACCGCAGAACAGCAAGCCGAUAGAACCGAAAGGAGAUCCGAAGAACUGGGGCAGGAUCUACACCAACUUCGGAGAUUUCGACAGUAAACACGCUUCGUCUGUUUGUUUAUAAACUGUGAUAUAGUCAAAUAAAGUACUUUAGCCUUUGAGUAUUGCUGGUCGGUGAAGGCUAGACCUUUGUAGAUGAUAAAUUGUGAGUUAGAAAUAUUCGAUGAAUUUAAGGGUAUAAAUCAUAAAGUGUUAAUAACAUAUUAAUUAGAAGGAAUAUCUUUAUGUAGCCAUUAUGAAAAUUAAUAUGUAAGAAACCAAACCAAUGCUUACGCCAUGACAGAUUUUUGUUUAGAAAUAAAACACUAGUUAUUUUUU